GGGACUGUAGUUAUGGUACCAACCUAUCCUCUCCAUCGGGAUCCUGAGUACUGGCCAGAGCCUGAGGAAUUCUGCCCUGAAAGGUUCAGCAAGGAGAACAAGGGCAGCAUCAAUCCUUAUGUAUACCUGCCCUUUGGGAAUGGACCCAGGAACUGCCUUGGCAUGAGGUUUGCCCUCAUCAGUAUGAAAUUCGCUGUCGUCAGAGUCCUGCAGAACUUCACCCUCCAGCCUUGUGAGGAAACACAGAUUCCCUUGAAGUUAAGCAAGCAAACUAUUUUUCAACCAGAAGAACCCAUCAUCCUGAAAGUUGUGUCAAGGUGAAAUUACAAAUGGAGCUUGAGUUUCCAGCAAGAUUUCUGCUGUUCUUCAAAGAAGCUGUGCCACCCAUCAUCAGAGAAUCUAAUUUGCCUUUGAAUUAAUCAGUUUAAUUGCCCUUGACGAUUAGGUGUUCAGGAAUUCAUUGAGCAUGCUCAGUGUCUGUGCUGAGUAUCAUGUAUUGUGUGAUUUACAGAAAAUUAUUAAGUCAAUAUAGAACUGAGAUUUUUCUGAUUCUAGGGGCCAUCCUGAUUGUACUAAGCAUUUCUCUGCUAUCUUAUCAAUCAUAUUGUAAUGAAAUGGGAGGUACUAUGGUGAUUCUAGUGAGAAAUCUGUCUCAAAUGUUGUUUUAAUAUUUUAUAAUAUUACAAAUAGAAAUCAUCUUUCCAAAAAUAUGUGAUGUCUUCCUUUGCAUCAAUAAAACUGAGACACAGCAUUUCUGAUCAUA